AUGAGUGAGACAAACGCCAGCACCGCGCUGGAAACAAAAUUAUUUCAAUUGCAACUAACGACGAAGCGCACGGACGGAAUUCUUGCAAAAUCCGAAGAAGAGCCUAUUGCUCGACAUCAGGGAACACUCAGAACUGUUAUUGGCGAAGUGGAAAAUCUAAGGCUUACGGUUGAAGCUGAAAAACUGGGCAGAAAAGAGGAUACUACCGAGUGGAGCGAGGAGAUUGAUACCAAAAUCAGCGAGGCAGAUAGUCAUGUAAGACUGACGAAGGAAUGGUUGGCGGAAAACAAGAGGAAACUAGAGGAGAUGGAGAACGACGAGAAGAUCAAGUUUGAGGUAAAACUGCAUGAAACUAAAGUAAAGUUACAAGAUGAACAUAUUCUUAAAAACACCUCGCAGACCAGUAAAACUAUGAUUGGAAUGCAAGCGAAAUUACCGAAGCUAGUGAUUUCGAAAUUUAAUGGUUCUCCUAUGGAUUGGCCAAGGUUUUGGGGACAAUUCUCAGAGAACAUUGAUCAAUCCGCAAUUGCCCCGGUGACUAAGUUUUCUUAUCUUCGCGAGUUGUUAGAGCCUAAAGCACGACAAACAAUCGAAGCAUUGCCCUUCCACAGCGAAGGGUACAAUCGAGCGAUAAGCAUCCUGAAGGAUAAGUUUGGGAAAGAAUCCGAGAUAGUAAAGGGUUACACGCGCGAGAUACUUGGGUUGCCCACAAUACAAGCGGCCAAUCAGAAAAAGAUUCAUGAGUUUAGCGACAAAUUGUCGUACUGCGUUCAAGCUUUAGAGACAUUGGACAAGCUUGACGGGGUCAAUGGCGCCGUGCCAAUGACUCUUGAUAAACUGCCUAGCAUUCGUGGAGAUUUGGUGCGAACGGACCCUGAAUGGGAGAAAUGGACCUUCACCAAACUAGUUGAAGCGCUCAACCAGUGGUGUCGAAGAAAUCCAAUCGACAAACCAUCUGAACUAAACGACGACUCGUUUAGCAGCAGGAGAAGAGACAAACUGUUUCAUGUCUCUCGUCAGAGAUUAAAUCCACGUAAUUGCGUUUAUUGCGAUAGCGGCGAGCACAAAACAAACGAUUGCGCAAAAGUAACUCUGACGUCAGCCCGUAAACAGAUACUAGCCAAGAAACGAUUAUGUUUUAAUUGCGCCGCGGGCAAUCAUAAAGCCUCUGAGUGUCCGAGUAAAGCCACUUGUAGGAAGUGCGAAAAGAGACAUCACACGUCUAUUUGUGAUUCUCACGACAACAAGGCCGGUGGUCAAAUUUCUGGCCAAAAUUCAAACGCUGCCAUGACUACAUGCCAGAAAAGCGAAGCGGUGUUUCCAGUAGUCGUUGUAGAAGUCAAUGGAAUUCGAUGUAGAGCGCUGAUUGAUUCGGGAGCUGGGAGCUCCUACGUGUCAGCAAAACUGAUAGACUUACUCAAACUGAAACCAUCACAAUCCCAGAUUAAAAACAUUGACAUGUUAAUGGCCUCUAAGACGUCCAAACUCGAGAUUUACGAUAUGAAAUUUGACUCGCUAGACGGCUCGUUUAGUCUUCCCGUAAGAGCUACAAAGGUAAACAAGAGUGAACUUUUGUUGAUCGACAAUCCCAAAUACCCCAAAUUAAUCAAUCAACACCCCCACUUAACGGGCGUGACAAUGAACGACGAUGACGUCAAAGAUACCCUGCCUGUCCAUGUCAUUUUGGGGAGCGGGGAGUAUGCGAAGAUUAAAACGCAAACAAGACCGAGAAUAGGAGACGAGAAAGCCCCUAUCGCCGAGUUGACCAAGUUUGGUUGGUUUCUAAUGGGCCCUGGGUACGAGUUCGAAAGCAACGUGAUGUUGAUGACCCAGACCUCCCACGCCGA